AUGAUGCACGAAAAGCAGGAUGCCCAGGACACAGUAUUGAUCAAUGCUAAUGCAGACCUGUGGCUGUCCCAGACUCUAGUGGAGUGUGCAAUCCAGACAUGUCCAGAAUUGCUUCAAAGAGAUUUUGAGUCACUAUUUCCAGAAGUAGCUAAUAGCAAACUAAUGAUUCUGACUGUAACGCAGAAAACUAAGAAUGAUAUGACUGUUUGGAGUGAAGAGGUAGAACUUGAAAGAGAAAUGCUCUUAGAAAAGUUCAUUAAUGGUGCUAAGGAAAUCUGCUAUGCUCUUCGAGCUGAAGGCUAUUGGGCUGACUUUAUCGACCCAUCAUCUGGUUUGGCAUUUUUUGGACCAUAUACAAACAGCACUCUUUUUGAAACAGAUGAACGUUACCGAUAUUUAGGAUUUACUGUUGAUGAUCUUGGCUGCUGUAAAGUCAUCCGUCAUAGUCUCUGGGGUACCCAUGUGGUUGUAGGAAGUAUCUUCACUAAUGCAACACCAGAUAGCCAUAUUAUGAAGAAACUAAGUGGAAACUAGCAAUAAUGUCAUUUUAUUUGCUGCUUUAUUUGUUUGUAAUUGAUUAAACAAUAUAAACUGUCAAAGACUACAAUUUUGGAAA